UAUGUGGCACCCCAACCAACUCUUUUUAAAUUAAAUUAAAAUUAAUUUAAAAUUAAUUAGCAAAGUCGACACUUGUUCAAAGUGUCGAUGCUUAGUUCUUGUCACAUUUUACAUUUGUUGCACACACCAGAGGUAAGGGGAGGGAGGUGAGAGAAAACACACACAACAGAGGGAGAGAGAAUUUAGGUAUUGUAUACUUUACGUUAAUCAAAUUCGCUAGAUUUUUAGAUUUUUAGAUUUUUCUGAGUUUUUGAUCGGGAAAAAAAGUCAGCAGUUUUGACGGAUUCGUAAUUUUUUUUGCAUUUUUUUGAAGCUUCGAAGAAGUCAAAUUGGUUAAGGUAUUUGAAGAUUUCUUCAUUUUUUUCCCCUGGAGGAGUUUUGGGAUUGUUUUGGUGAAUUUUGGAUUUUGAUUGAGGUAAAUGCAGAGCUUAUUUGUGAUUUUAAGUAGUUAAAUUUUGUUUGAGUUGAGUUUGAGGUGAUUUUGAUAUUAGGGUUUACGGAUUAGUGAGAUAAAAGAGUUUCAAGAGUUGAUUUCUGGGCUGAUUUUGCAUUUUGGAGGAUAUUUUUACAAUUUUGAGUGUUUGGUGUUUUUGUGGAGUAGGUGAGCUGGAGAAUAAUGCGUUUUGGAGUUACAUUAUGAUGAUGAUGAUGGCUUACACAAAUUUUGGGGUAGAAAAGCGAUGAUGGUUAGCAUAAUUGGCAUUGUUAUUAUAUGGGGUUAGUAGUCAAUUCACUGAAUUUUAGGUUUAGUAUUAGGAGUUUUUGGAUUGCUUCAAAUGGGUGAUUUGAGGCUGGGGAGAUCACAACGACACUGGAUUUCGCAACGUAGAUGGGUGAUUCGCAUAGGGGUGGACCCGGGGAAAGGGACAUUGAACAGGCGGUUACUGCAUUGAAGAAAGGGGCAACUUUGCUGAAGUAUGGGCGAAGAGGGAAGCCUAAGUUCUGCCCAUUCCGGCUUUCUAAUGAUGAAUCUGUAUUGAUAUGGUACUCUGGGAAGGAGGAGAAACAGCUUAAAGUCAGUCAGAUUACGAGGAUUAUUCCUGGGCAGAGAACUGGAGUUUUUAAGCGGUACCCCCGUCCUGAAAAGGAGUAUCAAUCAUUUUCUCUUGUAUACAAUGACAGAUCUUUGGAUUUGAUAUGCAAAGACAAGGAUGAAGCUGAAGUCUGGUUUGUUGGUCUCAAGGCACUAAUUUCUAAUAAUGGCUGGCGUAAGUGGAGAAAUGAAGCGAGGGAGAGUAGUACAUCAUCUGCCGAUGGUUCAAUUACUCGGAGAAAUCAUCAAACAUUUGCAUCACUUGAUGCUGGGAGUGCUGUCUGUCAGGUGCCUCUUGAGAGUCCUCCACAAACUGGGUUGGGAAAUGCAUUCUCCGACAUAAUACUGUAUACUGCAGCAUCCAACAACUACAGUCAGGUUGAAGCAUCUACCUUUGUUACUGGCUUACCACUAUCAAACAAUGUAGAAAAUUUUACAGGCCGAAAUUCAUCAUCUGAAAGUGUUCGAAUUAGUUCAUCAAGUAUGUUAAGUUCAUCAAGUCAGGGAUCUUUUCUUGAUGAUCUUGAUUCCUUGGGUGAUGUUUUCAUAUGGGGAGAAAGCAUCGGUGAGGGCAUCAUGGGUGGUGGCUCCCUUGGAGUUGUACACAGAGGCAAGUUUGAUGCUAAUCUGCCCAAGGCAAUAGAAUCAACGGUGGUCCUUGAUGUUCAUCAUAUAGCCUGUGGUGUCAGGCAUGCAGUGUUGGUUACCAGGAAAGGGGAAAUCUUCAGUUGGGGAGAGGAGUCAGGAGGAAGGCUUGGGCAUGGAGUGGAAGUUGAUGUUUCCAAUCCGAAGCUGAUUGAAGGUCUUAGUGGCAUGAAUAUUGAACUAGUUGCAUGUGGAGAGUACCAUACUUGUGCCAUUACCACAUCUGGUGAUCUUUUUACAUGGGGUGGUGGUACCUGGAAUUCUGGUAUGCUUGGACAUGCUAGUGAGGUAGGUCACUGGAUACCUAAAAGAGUAGGUGGCCCUUUAGAAGGUAGGCACGUAUCUUUUGCCUCUUGUGGACCUUGGCAUACUGCUAUAAUUUUAUCAACUGGUCAGCUAUUUACAUUUGGAGAUGGUACCUUUGGUGUCCUUGGCCAUGGAGACCGAAUAAGCUACAGUGUUCCAAGGGAAGUUGAAGCCUUAAAAGGACAACGAGCGCUAAGGGUAGCUUGUGGUGCUUGGCAUACUGCUGCAAUUGUUGACAAGCUGGAAACUGAAGCUUCAUUUGAUAAAUCUUUCUCAGCUUCAGGGAAGCUUUUUACCUGGGGUGAAGGUGAUAAAGGUCAGCUUGGACAUGGUGAUAAGGAAGCUAGACUGAUCCCUGAGUCUUUAGAAGCGCUGACGGAUACUUUCUGUAAAGUAGCUUGUGGGCAUGAUUUUACUGUAGCUCUCACAACCACUGGACGGGUUUAUACAAUGGGCAGUACUGCUUAUGGACAAAUAGGAUGUCCUGCAGCUAAUGGAAGUAUCCCAGUUCGUGUUGAGGGUAAGAUAGCAAACAAUUUUGUAGAAGAUAUUGCCUGUGGUUCUCAUCAUGUUGCAGUUUUAACAUCUAAGGCGGAGCUCUUCACUUGGGGAAGAGGUACAAAUGGGCAAUUAGGUCAUGGAGAUAAUGGCCACAGAAAUGAACCUACUCUUGUUGAGUUUAUGAGAGAUAACCAAGUGAAGAGUGUAACAUGUGGAUCCAAUUUCACUGCCGCGAUCUGUUUACACAAAUGGGUUUCGGGGACUGACCAUUCUACAUGUACUGGUUGUCAUAACCCAUUUGGUUUCCGGAGGAAACGUCACAAUUGCUACAACUGUGGGCAGGUAUUUUGCAAAGUAUGCAGCAGCCGCCGAUCUCUGAAAGCUUCUUUGGCUCCAAACAUGAAUAAGCCUUACCGGGUUUGUGAUGAUUGCUUUGUGAAGCUGAAGAAAGCAACAGAAAGUGGAAACAUGCGAAUCCCUAGGCCUGUCAGUAAAAACAGUCUUCAAAAGUCCAAUGAAGGAGCAGAAAAGGAAACAUUACUUCCUAAAUUUGCGGGACUCUCAUUUGUCAAUUCCCUGAAAAGAAUUGAUAAUGAUCGUUCAAAGGGUGGUAUCAAACCAGGAAGAGUAGAGAGCUCCAUUCUUCCUACUUUUGGUGGGAUCUUUCAACCUGGAAGCAGUCAUCUAUCAAGCACUCCAUCCCCUAUUUUUGGAACCUCAGAUAAACGAGUUUCAGCUUCUGCUCCUGGUUCUAGAAUGAAUUCUCGGGCAGCAUCACCCAUUUCACAAGGGUGCAGUCCAGUUAGAUCAUCAUCGUUAAUCACUUCCAUUAGCGUUCCUACGUCACCUGAAGUUAUGGCCCCAAACUCAAAGCAUAUGAAUGAUAAUUUGAGGCAAGAAGUUGUUCAAUUAAGAGUAGAGGUAGCAAAGCUUACUGGUGACAAUAAGCUUCUUGAAGCUGAACUGGAGAAAACAAGAAAGCAGCUUAAGGAGGCCAAAGUGAUAGCAGUUGAUGAGGCUGAGAAAUCCAGAGCUGCUAAGGAAAUCAUCAAUUCCUUGACUGCGCAGUUGAAAGAGAUGUCUGAGAAGUUACAAGGAGGAAAAGGUGCAAGCAGCAAACUAGAUUUUUUUGUGCAGUACUCUGGGUCCUUUAGAAAGGUCUCUGAUGAGAACCUUUUGUCUCCUAAAAACGAGUCAAGUAUUAAUAUGGAUGCCUUAACAACUAAUGGAGCAAAGGCACAGCCUGAAAAAACAGAGCGGGUUGUACAAGAUGAGCCUGGUGUUUACAUAACUCUUUCCUCCUUACCAGGAGGCAGUAAUGAGCUCAAGCGUUUGCGAUUCAGCCGCAAACGUUUCAGUGAAGGACAAGCAGAAAAAUGGUGGGCUGAAAACAGCAGCAGAGUAUGUGAGCGCCACAAUAUACGGAAUCAAUAAUAGGUAUUUCACGACUCGAGUUGACAUAACUUGCAGGCUUUCCCCUUGGAGUUGCAAAUCAGUUUAACUAUGGCAGACAAACUAGCACGAACAUUGACAGGAAAGGCUGAACUCAGUACAGAAAGCCCUAUAACACACCCAUGCAUAUGUCGAAAUGGUGAAUUCGCCUUCAAUUUCAACAGCGGUUUUAAAUCUUUUUUUUUUUUUUUAUCAAAUUAACAUCCAUUCUUUGCCGCCAUUGUGAUUGUAUAGUUAGACGAUCGGUUAAAUGUAUUGAAUCGUUGUAGCUAUUAGUUUUGUAUAGAACACUAACAGGUAAUGUUUGUUCACACUUGGCUGUAAACUCUUUUGCUUACGGAUGAAGUGGGGAAAUGUAAUUUUGUUAUAUUGUCGGGGCAA